CCACAGUUUAGGAACAACUGGAUAAAGAUUUUUGCAUCAAGAACAAAUCAUGAUGACCGGAUUUCGGCUGAACUUAUCGCCGCUGAAGGAGCCUCUGGGCUUCGUCAAACUGGUGGAGUGGCUCACGGCCAUAUUUGCUUUUGGAUGCUGUGGCGGAUACUCAGGGAAGAACAUCAUAUCUCUCUUCUGCGGCGAUGGCACGAAUGAAACUCUCACUGCUAACUUUCACUACCCAUUUAGGUUAAGCGAGGUCCCGCUCAUCGAGGGAAACACCACUUUGUGUAACCACUCUGUCACAACGACACACAUGGUGGGAGACUCGGUCUCCUCAGUGGAGUUCUUUGUGGGCAUCGCCAUCGUUUGCUUUCUGUACAGUAUGGUGGCUCUUUUGGUAUAUUUAGGCUACAUGCACGUCUACAAGGACUCUGACUUUGGACCCAUUUUUGACUUUCUGAUCACAGUGAUACUGGUCUUUCUGUGGCUGGUGUGUUCAUCAGCCUGGGCAAAGGGCCUGCAGAAUGUGAAGGAUGCCACGGACACUGGAGGCAUCAGCGCCACGCUGGACGUCUGCAAGGGGAGCAACAUCACCUGUGAGGUCACUGAGUUCGCCAGCCUGCGGACCCUAAACAUGUCUGUGGUGUUUGGCUACCUCAAUAUGUUUGUGUGGGCAGGCAACGCCUGGUUUGUGUACAAGGAGACCCGUUGGCACUCCCAGAAAUUCUCUUCUCAGCCCGGACCUGGAAGGCAACAGGUCCCUGCACCCAUCUAACAUAUACAAUAUAAAGCAACACAUACACACAGUCACAUACAUGUACAGAGCACACACAUAACAGACACAAUUUGAGCACACGCACACUGUAUGUGCAUAGAGACAUUAUUACACAUAAACACAACGAAAGCUCUGUGAAAAUGAUGAAGAGAAAAAAGAAUGAAGAAUAAAUGUAUAGGUAGUCAGUUUAAAAUUGGAUAGAUUUGGAUAUGUAUUGGAUUUGGACCUUAUCAACGCAGUGCCAGCUUUGUAGGUAGUACACAGAGCUGUUUGUAACCCAAAAUGUCAUAUCAUUCCUCGCACAAUCAUGGCAUACUUGAACUGAGAACAGUUCUAAAAGCAAUGUAAAUUUCCCAAAAGAUUUCCUCUGAAGGGCUAAGCAGCCCUGCAGCAGGAGGAGGCUGGGAACAGAAAAGGUGUUCUAACUAAGGUUUCAUGUAUAGAUUAGCCUUUGUUAUUUUCUUUUAUUUUUUACCUGUUUUAUAUACUAUACUUAGGACGAGAGGUUUCCUCAUUUCUCUGGUCCAUUUUUAGGACAAUGGCUACAUGUAUUAUGCUUUCUUAUAUACUGAUGAAUGUAAGGUACUUUGAGCUUGUCUCUAUAAGAAAAACCAAACCACAAGGUUCCUUAAUAUCU